GCGUGCGCCUGCGCGGAAGCCGUAGACCUGGUGUGUCUGGGUUCGGUCAUGGCUCACAGACCGAAAAGGACUUUUCGGCAGCGCCGAACUGACUCUAGCGACAGCGACAGCGCCCAGGAACCAACUGCCGAACCAGGGGUGCCGGGAGAGCAAGUAGCCACGGGCCCUGCGGAGGAAGGAAUGCCGUCUGAAGGAGGCUGCGCGGAAGUGGCGGAACGGCUCCGCCGGGCCCGGGGCGGGGGCCGGGCCCGGGGCCGGGGCCGGGGCCGGGUCUGGGCGAGUUCCCGGCGCGCGGCGAAAGCGGCUCUGCGCUUGGACCCAGGAUCGGAUGCCCCAGAAUCCAGAACAGUUGAUCUUUCAACAGACAAAGAGGAUGGAAUACAUCAUUCUUCAGAAAGCGAAGAUGAUCAGAGUUCAUCUUCUAACAGCUCUAGCUCUCUGGAAGAAGAAGAAGAAUUUUUAUCAACAGUAAAUGUCCCUGAUGCAGCUUUUAUUCAGGCGGCCUACAGGAAACGUGAAUUGGCCAGGGCCCAGGAGGACUAUAUUUCUUUGGAUGUAAAACAUGUCUCCAGCAUCUCUAAUAUGAAGAAAAACAGUGAAGGUUCCGAAAGUGAGCCUGAUGAUCAUGAAAAUAUAAUACCAUUUACCCCAAAGCCUCAAACUCUUAGACAAAGAAUGGCUGAAGAAACAACAAACAGAGAUGAAGAAACAAGCGAAGAUAGUCAAGAAGAUGAAAAUCAAGAUACUUGGGAACAGCAGCAAAUGAGGAAAGCGGUUAAAAUCACAGAGGGACGAGACAUAGAUCUGUCUUAUAGCAGUGAAUCUCAAACAGUGAAGAAGUUUGAUGUUUCUAUUUCAUUUCCACCAAUAAAUUUAGAAAUUAUAAAGAAGCAACUAAAUAAUAGAUUAACAUUACUGCAGGAUACUCACCGUUCACACCUCAGAGAAUACGAAAAAUACAUGGAAGAUAUCAAGACCUCAAAGAGUACCAUCCAGAACCUAGAGAAUUCAUCAAGUCAAGCUCUAAAUUUUAAAUUCUAUAAAAGCAGGAAAAUUUAUGUGGAAAACUUAAUUGACUGUCUUAAUGAAAAGAUUAUCAGCAUCCAAGAAAUAGAAUCAGCCAUGCAUGCACUUCUUUUAAAAGAAGCCAUGAUCUUUAUGAAACGCAGGCAAGAUGAACUAAAACAUGAAUCAACGUAUUUACAACAAUUAUCACGCAAGGCUGAGGCAUCAACAAAUAGAGGCUUGGAUGUAGAUGAAAAAACUCAAUGGAUUUUCGAGGAGAUUGAAUCUCGAAGGGCACAAAGAAGACAAGCAAGGGCUCUUUCUGGGAAUUGUACUCACCAGGAAGGGAUGUCUAGUGAUGAUGAACUGUCUUCAGCAGACACAAUUGACUUCCAGAAAAGCCGAGGUGACAUUUUACAGAAUCAUAAGAAGAUUUUUGAAGAUGUACAUGAUGAUUUUUGUAAUAUCCAGAAUAUUUUAUUGAAAUUUCAACAAUGGCGAGAAAAGUUUCCUGAUUCUUAUUAUGAAGCUUUCAUUAGUUUAUGCAUUCCGAAGCUUUUAAAUCCCCUAAUACGAUUUCAGCUGAUUGAUUGGAAUCCUCUUAAGUUUGAUUCCAUAGGUUUAAAACAGAUGCCGUGGUUCACAUCCAUAAAAGAAUUUAUAGAUAGCAGUAUGGAAGAUUCAAAGAAGGAAGAUAGUUCUGAUAAGAAAAUUUUGUCUGCUGUAAUCAGCAAAGCAGUUAUUCCUCGACUUACAGACUUUGUAGAAUUCAUUUGGGAUCCCUUGUCAACCUCACAGACAACAAGUUUAAUAAUGCAGUGCAAAAUGAUUCUUGAAGAACAUUCCACUUGUGAAAAUGAAGAUAGUAAAGGCAAACAGGAUUUACUUAAACGCAUUGUUUUAAGAAUGAAGAAGGCAAUAGAAGAUGAUGUUUUUAUUCCUCUGUAUCCAUUGAGUGCUAUAGAGAACAGAACAUCACCACAUGCAAAGUUCCAAGAAAGACAGUUCUGGUCAGGUCUAAAGCUCUUCCACAAUAUUCUUCUUUGGAAUGGACUCAUCCCAGAAGACACCUUGCAAGAGCUAGGACUAGGGAAGCUGCUAAACCGUUACCUUAUUGUAGCUCUUAACGCCAUACCUGGGCCAGAUGUUGUUAAAAAGUGCAACCAAAUAGCAGCAUAUUUACCGGAAGAAUGGUUCCAAAAUUCUGCGAUGAGAACAUCUAUUCCCCAGCUGGAAAACUUCAUCCAGUUUUUACUGCAGUCUGCACAUAAAUUAUCUAGAAGUGAAAUCAGGGAUGAAAUCAAAGAAAUAAUCAUUAUUCUGGUGAAAAUAAAGGCUCUAACUCAAGCAGAAUCCUUUUUAGAAGAAUAUCACCUAGACCAUCUUAAAUCAGUAAUUAAAGAAGUUUGAGUAAACUUUAUAGGAAAGUACUGAAAUAAGAUUUUAAUGUAGUCACAUUUGGCUCUUUUGCUUAGAAGGGAAGAAAAAAAAAAAAAGAAAGCUGUUUGCCUCUUCUUUAUUCCCAGUAAUAGAGGAUUUGCAAAAACAUUCCUCCAUUCCGUCCACCUUCUGACAUCAUGAAAGGCUGCCCCUCCUUAUUUUGUGGUGUUUGUAGGAAUUAAGCACACAGGAACAGUAAGAGUUCAACAAAUUUCUGUUUGAUUCUUCUGACAACUUUUCCAGCUUAAGAAAGGAGUUGAAGAUGGUAACUAAAUUUCUAACAUUGAGCAUGCUGUAAAGUAUAAAGAAGUAGAAAUACAACGUUGUACACUUAAAAUGUAUAUAAUAUUAUAAACCAAUGCUACCUCAAUAAAAAAUAAAUAUAAAAAAAAAGAGGAGUUGAAGAAAACUUGCUUAUAGCUGUUUUGGCUUUGGUGAGUCUUCUCUCCUGAAACAUAAAAAUAUCUUUUAGCCCUCUCAUUUUAACUAUCUCUGCUUACAAAUAAUUUAAAAUUUUAACUGCAGUGAAUUAUUUUUUAACUAUGUACUGAUUAAAGCAUUUUUAAGGCUUUUGAUGAGUAAUGAUGAUUGUUCUUCAGAAAUCUGUAUCAAUGUAUUGUACCAACUCAAGUGUAAGAGAGGCCAGUGAAUCUUCACCAGCAAUAGGUAUUAUCCUUUGUUUUAAUUCAUUUGCACUUAAUAGGUGAAAAAAAAAUCUCAUUUUAGGAAUUCCCAUUGUGACUCAGCAUGUUGAGAACCCAAUAUAAUGUACAUGAGGAUGUGGGUUUGAUCCCUGGCCUCACUCAGUAGGUUAAGGAUCUGGCGUUAGCACAAGGAG